AUGCCUCGAAAACCUGCCAAACUCUCCAAUACAUAUGUGCCUCUUCCAGCAAUAAAAAAGGAGGACAACACAGCCGACCAAACGUCAGCGACAAUUCGCAAAGACAACCGAAGUCAUUCUGAACUCCGUCCACUUUGUCUGGAAACGAGCAUUCUGUCGGCGCAGCUUACUACUACUAACAUCAUUUCUCUUGGAGGAUCUGCUACUGGGUAUGGCAAAUGUUUGGGAUCGUCGCUGGUCGAAUUGGGACACACCAAAGUCUUGUGCGAAGUCAAUACCGCUCCUACCGGCACGGUCGAUCAAGGAAGUCUCCAAUGCCAAGUCCAGUUUGCCAAGCACAUGGGAAAGAAUGCCAUUUUGCAACGACUCCACAUGGUAUCACCUCUCGAUUCUGCGACAGAGGCCUUUUCGAUUGGAAAAUUGCAAAAUGCCACGACUCAAAUGGAAGCCGACUUGUCACAAGAAUUGACGAUUGCCUUGCAACCCGUUUUGGAUCCCUAUUUGUUUCGGAUCCCAAAGUGUGCCAUUUUGGUGCAAGUGACGGUUUUGCAAGAUGAUGGAAGUGUUCUUUCAACGUGCAUUGGAGCUGCCACCCUAGCCUUGAUGGAUGCCCAAGUGGAAAUGACAGACUUGGUCACGAGUUGCACCGUGGCCGUUCUCAAUAUAUCAUCCUCCGAAGAAGAAAAAGAAGGAGAAGAAUGCAUCUUUUUAGCCGACCCCACUCAAGAAGAAAUGAUACAAGCACAAGCGGUCAUUGUCUUGGCCAUGACACCGAAUCACAAGGAAGUCACCUUGUGGCGACAGUCUGGUCGAUUGACCUCGGAUAUGGCCAAUCAAGCCGUUGAAUUGUGUCGGAGUGGAUGCCGGACCAUGCACAAGUUUUUGAGAGAAGUAUGGGUGGUUUCUCCUAUAGCAGCAGGAGCACCAAAUCCAUAA